ACUGUGAUUUCAGGGACUGUGGAACGGUGUGGGGGCGGCAGGCCAGACUCUACACUGUGUUCCUGCAGCAGAACACUGUGCCCCUGACCUUUGGGACUAAAAAGGUCAAGCUCCUUGUGUGGGAUGGAACAUUCUGCCCUCCACCUGGUAGCAGGAAUGCCGCUAGGGUAGGGCUAGGCUAGGGAGGCGCCUGGGGCCUCUGACCCCCUCACUGGCAUGGGACACUGGGAAGGGGUCCCAAGGAGGUGUGGAGCUGGGGGGUCUCAGGAAUCAGAAAGCAAGGUCCAGGGACAUCCCUGGGAGCUAGUGGGCCCAGCAAGCACCCCCAGCACCUCCAUUUUCCGUCCACCUCCCUUCCUGGGCUGGGACCCAGAUGCCCUCCAUCUUUGGUGGGCGGGAUCUGAAGAGGGCCCGCCCCUGCCCAGCCCACCCCCAAGCCCUCCGCACCCACCUCUUCUGCCAGUCCUGAGCAGGAAGGUGCGGGGAGCACAGCCCUGGGGAGGGGCACCUGCCAGGUGGGCCCAUAAAGAGUUCCAGGGGGAAUGGUUUGUUGUCGGCCUGGCGGGCAGCACCCACAGGAAGACAGACAGUUCCUUGCUGAGCCCGUUCACUGCGACGUUCGAGAAGAAUGAAAACGGCAGCCUUAAAGUGUCAUAUGUCAUGACCCGGGGCCACCGCUGUAUCACCUGGUCUUAUGUGCUGAUCGCAGCGGCCCAGCCUGGGGGCUUCUCAGUGGACAACACAGCGGCGCCCGGGAAAGGCCCCGAGGAGGUCCAGGUGCACGACACUGACUACAGCGUGUUUGCUCUGAUGCUGUCCAGGAGACGGUCGGGCGGUCAGAGCGUCCUCACGGUCAGCCUGCUGUGCAGGACGUGGGUGAUACGGACCCGGGUGCUGGAGAGGUUCGUCCACCUGGUCAGAGCUCAGGGCCUCUCGGAUAACAACGUCGUCUUCCCGGACUUGGCCGGUCCCGGGCUCUCAGGCUGGGGCGGGAGCCCGGACCCAGCGUAGGUAGCUGCCCAUGGGCCUCAAAAGCCCUGGGGAGCCCGGCGGGUGA